GCCUCCCACCCCCAACUCCUUCAGCAUCAACCUUCUGAAUGCGUGCGUAAAAGGCGAGUUUACCGAAACCGGUUGGCUGGGCGGCGCACACACACACACACACACAAACACACACUCGAACCGGUGGAUGAACUUCAGCUGGAUAAUGGAUUAACCCAUCAGACAGAUAGCAGAAAACGCGCAGCAUACUAUGAGCUCCAGAUGUCAAUGUAUUGGAAGAAAACACCCACCCACCCACGGCGGGAUGACUCACAGUUUAAAGUAGUUGAAUAAGCGGUCGCCGGUGCGGACGGGGAGAUUCUGCGUGGGGUAUUUAACUUGUUUCUGCUACUUAAAGCGCUUCAUUCCAAGGUUUUAAUGGGGCACAGGAGCUCGAGCCACCACACGGACUUGCUGCGCGAGGCGCUGGUGCCAGAUAUGGAUAGCGCGCGGGAUACCUCCGGACGCUGGUGCGCAUCUUCAUAAAGUGCGACACUUGGACACCGACGAGGCCAAAAACUUGAUUUGUCCCGAGUCACAGCUGCAGGCACACCGGAAGACGAGCAGGACGAGCUCCGCUUCUCCCCAAACACCGAGUUAAUUUAAGGAGAAGAGUUUGAGAAAAGCUCCAAAGUACUUUUACUUUUUUUUUUUUUUUUUUUUUUUUUAAUUUAAACAAUCUUCACAGGAAGCUUUGAAGAUGCGUCAAGAGGUCGCGAGGAGAUUUCACGCGCUGCUGGUGACUUGGUCGAUACUUGUCGUUAGUUUGGGGACAGGGUUUCCGACCAGACACAAGAAUGUCGCCCACAAGGGUCAUGGCCACCAGAUUCACAACGGUGGGGUCCAAUACGCCCCCGAGGCUUUGGAGCAGCAGAACCAGGUCCAGAGUCUCCUGCCUGAGCCCCACAGCCACCAGAGGAGGUGGUCCCACCCACAGCACCGCUCCGUUGGUGUCCUCCCUCAGCCUGAGCCUGAGGAGGAGACCAAACCCUUCAUCCUGGAUCUCAAGAACUUUCCAGACCUGGCCAAUGCUGACAUCAACUCGCAGAACCCCAACAUACAGGUAACCAUUGAGGUGGUGGACGACCCCCAGAUGGAGGUGGAGAUGGACCUGGCCAAGGAAAAAGACUGGCUGCCCUCCUCUUCCUCCUCUUCCUCCUCACCCUCUUCCACAGUGGAUUGGCUCGGAGGCAAGAAGCUUUUCUGGCCCCUUUUCUGGAGUUACACCGACGCCGAUUCCAGCGAGGACAACAACAGCCGGUCAGGCGUGGAGGAAACUGGCGAGGAAGAGGAGGAGGGGGAUUACUCCCAGGAUUACGGCAGCGAAGAGCCCUUACCCAGCGGAGUGGGCGGAGACUGGGAUACGCGUUGGAACGAAGGCUGGGAUCCAAUGCAGAGCUACUAUGAGAAGGAGACAGAUGACUGGACUCCGUGGACGCCCUGCUCUGUGACAUGUGGUAACGGUGAGAGGAAGAGGACCAAGUCCUGUGGCUACUCCUGCACUCUGACAGAAGCCUCUAGGUGCGACCUGGAGCCUUGUCCUGGUGAUGUCAACACUGUGGUGAAGCCUUUCCCCUUCGAGAUGGAGAAUGGUACAGAGCCUUUUGGGACAGAUGUGGACAGCUGUGAGAAGUGGCUCAACUGCAAGAGUGAGUUCCUCCAGAGGUACCUCCACCAGGUCCUGUCUGAGCUGCCCAGCUGCCCUUGCUCCUACCCCCCCGAGGUGGCGUACACAGUGGUCAGCGUCUACGAUGAGAGUCAUGGCCGGCAGUUCCGCUGGCGUGAUGCCAGCGGCCCCAAGGAGCGCCUGGACAUCUACAAGCCUUCAGCUCGUAACUGCAUCCGCUCAGCUCUUUCAGGCGACUCCUCUACUCUUGCAGCGCAGCACUGUUGUUACGGUGACCGUGGGCGGCUGAUCACGAGGGGAAAAGGCGCGGGCACGCCUAACCUGAUCAGCACCGAGUUCUCACCUGAGCUGCACUUCAAAGUGGACGUGCUGCCCUGGAUCCUGUGCAAGGGAGACUGGAGUCGCUUCCAUGCUGUGCGGCCGCCAAAUAACGGAUUGAGCUGCCCAGAGAACCCCCACGAAGACGUGUUCAUGAAUGAACUGGAGGAGGCCAGGGAGUACUGAGGGACCGCAGCCAAAACUACCACUUCACUCAGAGAGUCAGAGGGCCCAAUCCUAAUUUGAGAGGAGACUGCCUACUUUAAAAGUCAUGAAAUAUUCCAUCUUAACGGUGCAUCAUGCAUCAACCGUGCGUGGACUGAGAGGAAGUGCUCAUUUGUGAUUGGGAGAUUCGAGGGGCUUAGGUGUGACGGUGAAGUGUGGCUGUCUCAAGUUAGGAUUUGGCACAGUGUCCUGAUAUCAGGCUCAACGGAACUGAACUGAAUAACAAAAAUGGAAAAAAAUGCAGUGUUCUCCCAUCGCUUGCCAACCUGUUCCACAUCUGGCAUAACAUCAAGCUCUCUGUCUUUAUAUUCAGUCCACUCUCCUGGGUGCGUGUAAGCAUGAUGUCAACCUACUGGCUUUUUUUGACGGUGUCCUGGAGCGCUUGUGAUUGACAUUAGCAACAUAUGGUAAACAUCCUGUUUGUGCUUCUUGUAGGUUUUAUUAUGUAUGAAUGUGGGCUGAUUUUAUUGAUGAAACAAACACAUGCAUGGGAAGAGUCCAACAGAUGAAUAUCUCAUCUAUGCUGCUACAAUAUAAAUCCUUCAGGUAUUCAGGGGGGACAAGACAACAGGACAUCAGUAAACCCAAAAGAUGCCACAUGCAUUCACAGUAAUGUACAUUCAGCCAGUCUUUUGGGAAACUAAAAUUAGUAACGUUAGGAGAAUUUGGGACCUCAACCAGAGAGGUAAGCUAAACAGAUUUGAAACGUUCUGCUGUCGCUAGUGAGAAUUACGAGAGUAGCCCAUUAGCAGUACUGUUACGGGAAUGGCACAUUUGAUUUCAAAUGUUUUGUCACACAGAUUGAUCUCAUGUGUUUCCUCACAUUUCCAUAGCCAGGACGAUGUGUGAUCUGGGUGCCAAAGAGUUAAAAAUCAGACUGUUGGUGCCUGUGUAAAUCCAGCCUCCUAAGUCUCUACGGUGCAAAUGUAGGAAAGUAAAUAAAUAAAUAAAUUCUGCAGUGACUAGAUUGUGCUCAUAGAUCUCUACGAUGUUCUCAGGGGGACUAACUGACCAUGAUAAAACAAAUUUGUUCUUUUACCUCGACAGCGGAGCACUAUUGGGACUAGUUCAAAGUGUUUUGGGGUAAAGAUUAGCAGGAGGGAAUCGGAUCCAGAAAGUAACUGACGAACACAUGAUGCUUUUUGUGCAGUUUCAGAAAGCAGUUGCAACCCUUAUAACUGAAGAGAUGUCGAUGCAUUGUGUGUGGUAGGAAGAUGUCAUUGCUGCUUAAGCUGUUGGCAUAGGGUCUUUGGGUUUAUGUACAGAACCGGACUGGACAGAAAGGACGUUCCUGAGAAGUCGUGUAGUCUGAGCCUUUACCCUAGGUAACAUAGAGUUCAGGUAAAGGCGACAUGAGAGUAGUCACCAUUAGCUGAUACUCCAUAAGGUGUAGUGCAAAGUAUGGAAACAAAAGUCAUAUUAUUUUGACAGAUCAAAAUGCUUUAGGUGAUUCAACAUAACCAAGUAAUUCACACCCGCCCAGCUAGUGACUUGCAUAUUAAUUAGCUAUUGUCUCUUCUUGACUCUGAUGUCACAUGCAUGACUUCAUUGUCCAGCUGGCUUUAGCACUGGUUGACUAUAUUGCUACAAACCAUCCCAAAAUGUCAUUUCAGAGUGCUUUCACACCUGCCCUGUUUGGUGCGUUUCAAUCGCACUGCAGUUCAUUUACCCCCUAAGUGCGGUUCGUUCUACAAAAAGAAAAUCAAACGUGCUAGACUUUAUGUUGGAACAUCGUGAGGCAUCCCAGACGUGGCGUCGGUUGUCGUCUACUAUGACACACUACACGAGAUGAAACGAUGGACUAUGGCGUACAACACUCAUUGUCGUUCACGAUUCAUGCCAUCGCUGUGUUGGGUUAUAAUCGGGCUGAUAUGGUGUAGUGUGUACCCAGCAUAACCCUAACCAAUUUCACUCCUGUUGCCUAAAGGCUCAUUUGUGCUCCCCUUACGUACGAAAAUAUACGUCCGUUUCAAACGAUGUUACCGUCACUGCCCACAUACUUCCAUGCGUCCUUUACGUUGGCAUGGAUGUUAACCAAUAUAUCCACCAGGGGGCAGCCCAGAGUCAAAAGUUUAUGACAACAACAAACUCAAAAACAAACAUGGCGACUGUGGAGGAGAUAUUGAUGAUGGACCUCUUGCAUAAAAGACAAAAACAGAGGCAGCUUUGUAGGAGGCGGUGGUCGGUGAGGCCGUUAAAUACAUCGUGACUGGAGGACGGAGAAUUCUUUUCUCUAGUACUGCCGAUGAGAGAAAUUGAUGAUGAGCGUCAUUUCCAGUACUUUAGGAUGUCCGCCGGGGCAUUCGAUAAUUUGCUUCGCCGGGUGGCCCACAUCCAUGUGUUUAUCCCGGUGUCCAGGAGAAGUAACAUCAUAGAGAUGUUUGUAGUUUCUAACUCGCACAGCCUUUCCUCAAAAAGUUCCGCCACUGUCAUUUCUUCUUUGUGUCUCACUAGAGCUACGUAUCGAGUAGUGACAGCAACACUGCCCCCAUGGUUUCCAACGGUACUGCUCCGUUUGGCCCGUAUCCAUAAGCUUUAUGGAAAUUUGCAGAAAUACGGACGAAAUGAACGCAGAGCACGGCCAGAAGGCUCCGUCCAGAUCCGUAUUUAACGUUGAGCAUAAAUGAGCCUUAAAUCGAACCGCCAAUCAGUGGAAGAGCAGGGCCAGUCAUACAUUUGCCCUCGAAGGAAAAAAAAUUUUGCUGCAUUAUGCUAAUUUUUUUCCUAGGAUGGCAAAGACAUGACCCACCCUACUCUUCUCUGAGUGGCUGUGGUCGUUGCUUUCGUUUGUUGGAUUGACUAGGGUUAGACAACAGGAGUGAGACUGAUCAGGGUUAGGGCAGGAAUUUUAGAGUAAGCCUAUCAGAGGCAGAGUUGGGCGGGUCAUGCCUUCGCUAUCCUUGGAAGAAAAACAACAACUAACAAAUAGCACUACACCCCAUAUCAGAUAUGAGCAAAAAACCCAAUAUGCAUCUGUAGUAAAAUACAUUAUGAUGGAAUUUUUACGAUCUUGUUUGUCAAAAUGACGGAUAACGAGAUCGUCUCAUUUGACCUCUGGAUUUAAAAGGCUCCUGUUGAACCAUAGUCACAAUAGUUUUUAGCAGCGCAGCAGCCGCUUUGUCAAAACUCUGCUCCUCACUGAAAACACAGAGGCCGUCAUCUUCAAACGAACUUUGGGAGCCGUCCUUUCUGUCCAGUCGAACUCUGUGGAUGUUGGCUCCAAACCUUUUUUCAGGAAUUCUGCUUCCAGACGUGUUCAUGCAAACAUGCAUUAACAUGUUGGAAUCACCGAUUUUAAAGGAAGGCACUUUAUUUAAGGUAUAUAUAUUAUAUAUAUACAAAAGAAUAUAUCAAAAUGUACUCAUGUUUGCCAUUUGUUGAUGAUAGUGUUAUUGUGAAGGGAAACUCGCCAGAAAUGCUGCAUUGUUCUAUGAAAGUGCAUAUAUCAAGUGUUCUGUUGAGGAAAGCAUGAUCUUUUGUGAUUUCUGAAUCUAGUAUUACAUAUAUGGUGUUGUACAGUAUUUAUUUGUCUGUUCUCUUUUUUUUAAAGUUUGCUUUGAGAUGUCUCUAUACUCAACAUGGUGCACUAAUCUGACUGAGAAAUGAAGGCACCCGUUAUCAAAAGGGAAACCACUCGCCUCGUAUCACUUCAUACAGCGACAUCAAGUGUUUCAUUCUACUUUGUACUGCAGUGCUCU